ACAUCAAAUUGCGAACAACAACUGGUGGAGGACUAUCAACGAUUAUUCCGUGAUGAUUUGCUGACAGAUUUCACGAUUCGAGUCGGUGGAAGGGAAAUUCGAGCACAUCGUGCUAUACUGGCGGCGAGAUCUGUUCCAGGCUCCGACAACGGGGAGCGCAACUACAGAUCCGCUGGCGAUUCCGCCACCAUCACUGUGAGCAUCGAUCCAUUCGCCAUCAUCUUGCGCAUUCAAACUUAG